AAAAAAAACCUGAGAAGACAAGUUAGUUAGUUGAUUGCGUUUCAUUUUUCUCAAAUAAACUUUUUCCUCUUCUUGAUCAUCAACAAAUCAUCUUUAACUUUUCUUGUUAAUCACUUUAAGCUAAUACCUGAUGUCUUAAUAAUCAUCACCUUUAAUUGUCUUCUUCUUGUUUACUUCCCACCCAUUUUUUUCAUCCUUCAUCUUCCUUGUUCAACUUAUUCUCAUUUGCUUCUGUUAUCCGUUGAACCGAUCACAAUAACAACGUGGACAAGAUCAGCGACAACGACCUGAUCCAAACCGAAGUAAAGUUUAAAUUGAUCUGAAAAUUUACAACUUCAAUCGUAAUCAUUUUGACUAUCGUGCUAAUCAAUUGUCCAGUUUAUCUGAAUCUCUUAUUGAAAUGACAACCGAAUCAAGUAAAGUUGAAACAAAUGAAGUAAAAAGUGAUUUGGUCACUGGUUAUUAUGAACAAGAUGGAUACAAAAUUCACUACGAGAAAGUUGGUCAUGGUGAUUGUGCUGUCUUCAUAUUUCCUGGAGCUUGUGGAAAUGGCCGAACUGAUAUGAAACCACAAUUAGAUGGCUUUGAUAAGGAUAAAUUCACCUUAAUUGCUUGGGACUCACCUGGAUUCGGACUGAGUCGUCCCCCUGAACGAGAUUAUAAACUUCAUGCUGAGGAUAAUUUUUACCAAUACGAUGCUGAGACUGUGGUUAAAUUGAUGGCACAUUUAGGUUAUGACAGUUUCUCUGUAAUGGGCUGGAGUGAUGGUGGUAAAUCUGCCUUACUGGUUCCCAUUUUGUUCCCGGCGAAAGUUGAAAAGCUUGUGGUUUGGGGAACUUUGGCUUAUAUUCCAGAGAAAUAUAAAGAUAUGUGGAGAAUUCUUUGUACUCUGGAAAUGUGGGAAGAAUCCCGAAGGAAUGAGUACAUCAAAAUCUAUGGUAAUCGUGAGACACUCGAAAAGAUUUGGUAUAAACACAUGAGUUACACUUAUACCACAAGCGACAUUUGUAAGGACAGAGUAAAGGAAAUUAAAUGUCCGACUUUCGUGUUACAUGGUAAGAAAGAUACUAUGAUCCCGAAAGAGUUUUUCGACCAUUUGGUGGCAAAUAUUCCCGACGUUGAAUCUCAUCUAUUUCCUGAUGGAGUUCAUGAUAUUCAUGUCAGUCAUGCUGAACAAUUCAACAGGCUGGUUCAGAGAUUCCUUUUAGAUUGAAUUCGUAUUGAUUGACACGAUGAAAUCUAAAAUAAUAAACUAAUUUGAUUGUACGAUGUAUUCGUCUAUUACUAUUAAACGAUUUUUAGAAUAA